AUGACUAGUCCCGAGCUUAAAUAUCCCGUCGACAGCGAAGCUCUCUGGGCCCAAAUCGGGGUCCUCGAGUUCAUGCGAGAAAACCCUUGGCGUUCCUCGCACUUCUGGAAUCGCGAUUCCACGAAGUCUGCAUCACCGGACAACUAUCAUGAUACCAAAAGCGUGCGCCACUUCCAGACGACUGCUUACCAUCCGGUAGUCAACGGGAUAGUCGAGCGUUUUGAUCGACAACUGAAAAGUGCUUUGGGAGCACAGGUCAACCCACACUGGAAAAAGUUUUUACCUUUAGUCUUCUUAGCUUGCAGAUCAGUCUUUAAAGGUGAUCUGCAGUCCACACCAGCAGAGUUGACUUUCGGUCUUCCGGAAGAAAUUGUGGCAUGGACGCCACCCACUGACUUCAACUACGGUGGCUAUGCAGUUCGUUUAGCAUAUCGUAUGCGCCAGAUGUAUAUUCAACCACCUCACCAGCAAACAACCCUAGCCCACCUCCUCCCUCGAUUAGCCAUAGGUUCGCAGGUUCUCCUCAGAGCAGAGGUUCGCGCACCACUGCAACUUCAAUACAGCGGCCCACAUAAGGUACUGCGACGCUUGGAGAAAGCCUACAUAAUAGAGCACAACAGUAAACGUGAAACCGUCAGUACUGACCGGCUCAAACCUGCUCACCGUCCGUUCUGUUAA